AUGAACGGGGUGCUGCGGGCGUGCUUGCUCAAAUAUUCUUGCGCCAACUGCAUAGCCCGGCGCGGUUUCAGCCAGAACCCCAGCCAGUGGCGGCGGAAGCAGUUGAGAUCAACGGUUUAUUACGUGACUGCUGCGGGUUUGGUGACUGUCGGCCUCAGUUACGCCGCGGUGCCGUUGUACCGCAUGUUUUGCCAGGCGUACAGUUACGGCGGCACGACGGCCGCGGGCCACGACGCCGAAAAAGUCGCCAGUAUGCGACCGCUCAGGACCAAACCCAUAACCAUAAAGUUCAACGCGGAUAAAUCAGCCAGUAUGAGGUGGAACUUUAAACCGCAACAAACGGAGAUAACCGUUUAUCCCGGGGAAACCGCGUUAGCUUUCUACACCGCGGUGAACCCGUCCGACGUACCUGUCGUCGGCAUUAGUACUUACAACGUCGUGCCGUUCGAGGCCGGCCAGUAUUUCAACAAAAUUCAGUGUUUCUGCUUCGAGGAGCAGAUGCUGAACCCGCACGAGCAGGUCGACAUGCCCGUGUUCUUUUACAUCGACCCCGAGAUCGACGAAGACCCUUACCUAGAGUUUUGCGACGAGAUUACACUCUCCUACACGUUCUUCGAGGCGAAACCGGGCUUCACGUUACCGCUGCCCGGUCGUAUUUAAGCGAAAUAUAUUGCCGAUUAUGAUAUUUUGCCUGCUCCCAUUGGUGACCAAGGAAUGGUCAUGAUUGACUAGUAAAAAGUAAGAAGAUUUUCCUUUGCUACCAUCAUCGGCGACAGAUAAUAAGGAUGCCUAGAGAUUCAAAAUAGGGUUUCGAGGGAAGAACCCCAGAUGUAGCAAAAUAAAAUAGUUCUCCAUAAAAAACCGUUAGCCUGCAAAACAGAGCACAAAAAAUAUUUACCUUUGCAUUCUAUCCCGCGUCUGGCAUUGCAUGUUUAAUAACAUACUGUAAAUUCCGUUUGAUUAAUAAUAAUACCAGAACAUAAAAUUUGGAUUGUAGAAAUAUUCUUAUACGUUCCGGAUUUAUGGCAAAAUCUAGUCAUAAGACCGACCAAGCUAGCAAGGAAAAAUGUACUGCACAGAAUCACGUAAAUGAGAGCCGGUAAAACGCGCAUAAUGCUUCGCGAUCGCGACGCCUAGUUUUUAUGUUCGUGUUACAAUAAAACCCUUC